CCUCCCCUCAAUUACUGCUCGCCUGAGUGUCCCUGAACCAGACUCCACUGUUCAUAACCUAGCCUCGUUAGCGCGUCUGAUUGGGGUGAUAAUCUCGCUGGCGCCUCAAACCCGCUGCUAGCCGGCUUCGCUCCUGACCUUCCCUUCAGGUAUGCUUCAUGGACAGCAUCACCACAUCGCUCGCUCAAUUCAAGCCACUUGUUCAUGCCUUGUAUAACUAACCUCAUAUCAGACAACAGUGGGAAUUCAUCCCGUGGUAGUCGCCUGACAGUUCGAUUGCGAUUGAUGGUCCCGGCCUUGGCCGCUGGACAAGAUGGCAAUGCCCACCAUGGGUAACGACUUUCAGCUAUUUUCCCCCUUGAAAUCCUCAGACAGACGAGACUCGCAGGCCGAAUCGACAACAUUCGCCCAAUCUACAACGGAGGAUUCAAGCCAGGACUGGACGCAGUGGAUGAGAUGGGAUGACCAGGGCUUUGCGGAUGGUAUCAAGGAUCUCUCCCAGUCUCCCUUCGAUGCUGCGUUCACAUCGCCCAAUGCGUCCAUAGGAAAUACCGAUCUCUUCCAGAAAUCCGACUUCUCCCCAGACAUCUCCCUCGAUUGUACCAAUCUUCCGUUUGAUUCUCUCCUCGAUCAAGGCUACAGUGGCAUGUCUCAAUCGAAGACCGGAUCUACUGGCAUCGAUCUACAGUCUGCACUGUCUGCUACAUCCGGCUCUCCGCUCUCCUCGGACGGGCCAAGUCGUAAACGCAAGUCGGGCAGCGAUGAUGAUGGAUCGACAGUGAGUGGCGUCGUCCAGACCAGUAAAAAGAUGCCGGCCAAGAAGCGAGCACACAACGUCAUCGAGAAACGGUAUCGAGCCAACCUGAAUGAGAAGAUUGCGGAGCUGAGGGACAGCGUCCCCAGCCUUCGGGCUUCGAAAAAUGCGUCGGGUAGUCUUCUCGAUGAUGAUGACGGGGAGGGUGUCACCCCAUCCAAUAAGCUGAACAAGGCCUCCAUUCUGUCGAAAGCAACCGAGUAUAUUCGUCACCUCGAAAUUCGCAACAAGCGACUCGAAGAUGAGAAUACGGCAUUGAAAAACCGACUGCGUCAAGCGGAGAAGGCCGUUGACCAGUCACUAACCUCCGCAGCAUCCGUCUCAUCGCCCAGCAAUUACACCGUCUCCACGGAAUCUGCCGCGAGCUCCUCACCAAGUGUGUUCUCGCACGCAGAGGAUAGUCCCAGCGACCACUCCCCGACAUCCGCCUAUCCUCCCGAAGGCUUAUUAACGGUUCCUGAUGCAUUCAAGCGGAUGAGGGAAGAGUCCGCCAAAGACAACGCUUUCUCCCAAUCAUACAUGCAAUAUCCGAGCAAAACCAGUGCAUCAUCACAUGGGGGUCGUGCCAGGCGGUCAUACUACCCCAACAAGUACAUGCUCGGUGCCCUGGCCGGGCUCAUGGUUAUCGAGGGUCUGGGCAGCGAAAAGAGAACAGAAUCCACCGCUAAGGGGCUAUUGGCGGUUCCGAUCAAUCUGUUAAGCAGCCUGCAAAGUACACUUCAGAGCCCAACGGCCGCGUACUGGCUUGCCAUGGCUCGAAGCUUCUGGUAUUCGUGGCACGCGCGGGCCAUCUCACAUUUUCUGAUCCUUGCUACAUUGGUCGUGGGCAGUGCAUUCGUGGUCUUCGUUUAUCUCUUCAAUGCUAGUCCCGGGCACGAGUCAUCUUCAUUGAAGACUGCGUCCGCCACCUUAUCGGCAUCGAAUUUCCGACGCCAGGCUUGGCUGACAAGCAUACAGCGCGUCGGUGUCCCGCGUCACCGAUUUUUCCACGAGUGGUACGUCGUGACGUCGCGCUGCUUCGAGUACGUUCUGCGGUGUCUCCUCGGAUGGAAACUCUACUCUUCUCUUACGGGGGUCACGGAGGAGGAUGAGAAGGGACGAGUCAAGACCUGGGAUAUUGCAAUCGACGCACAACUGGCCGGUGGCGAUGCGGAAAUCAGUAAGAGUCGAUUGGUCCUCACCAUCUUUGCCGCGGGAACCUUGCCUAGAAGUCCCAUGAGAAUGAUGCUCAAAGCGCUCCAUUGUCGCAUUCUGCUUUGGCGGGUUGGCGACCGGGGAUCGUGGAGCUUCGACUUGUCUAACGAUGUCGCUCGUAAAUUGGCCAGAUAUCAGUGGGACCUUGCUCGGAAGAGACAUCAAGCCAUGCCCAAGAACCACCCGGAUGCGCUGCCCAAUCACUUGGCGGCGUUGUUGGAAUUGGACUGCGAUGAAGUCAUGAUUGACAGCAUAGUUCAACGGGCGGCGAACCUCACCUGGAAUCGCCCCACGCAAGAAGGCACCGAUGAUGAUCAGGCUCUUCUGGAUGUCGUGGAAGAGGAUCCUGCCAUUCAAUCCUCGCUGGACGCGCUUGCGGCGUGGUGGUCCAGCCAUCUCUUGCAACGAGCACUCCUCCGAUAUUUCGAAGCCAGCUCCGGUGGCCCCGACGCCAAGAAGAGCCGUGAUAUGUUCAAAGCCAAGAUCAAACUGGCUCUGGACGUCGCUCCCCAGCCUUCCGCGGCGCAUACUCGCGCUCUGGUCAUGCAGGCGGUGUUCUUCGAACAAGACCGCGCCGCGAACAUCGGGGCGGUCCUGGCAGCGUUGCCGAAGGAGAAAGGUAAAAGCAAGCAAGCCACCAACUUUCUCGACUCGUCAUUGCCCGUUUCCGUGCGGGAAGAGAUUACGAUAUCCGUGCGUUGCGCCAUGAUUGCGGCCAUUUUCACGGCACGGACUACCGGCGACACCUCUCUGCCCGCAUCUUUCACGAUCCAGCGAGCCACCACCUGGUUCAAUCAGUUGCCGCUUGACCCAGUCGACCUCACGCUUCUCGGGUUCGCCUCGGUCUACCAUUUGCUUCACGUACUGGCUUCUGACACGGACUAUCUGUCUUCUUCCGAAUCCUCCUCCCCGUCGUCGCCCGUCUCACGCAGCUCCACCCCUUCGUCUUCGGUUUCUGACGAUGAGGCGGACGGCCAACCACGGUUGUUGCAGAAGUCUGAGAUUCUGCCGCCAUCCAUCCCUAACUUGGGUCGGGUGGCGUCUGAACUCAUGUACUGGGCGCGGAAUGCGUACAACCCUGCCUUCUAUGGCUUCACCUCUCAACUGGUGCAAGUCAUCGAGACCGAAUGCACGUCUCUCUGUCACAGUGCUGGUGUCGACGUGACCGACUACUCUCGUAUCCAGGAAGAGAAGAUCAAAUCCAAACAACUGAAAGACAAGAAGAGAAAAAAAGCAAGCAAGAAGAUCGUGAGGAUGCAAUAGAUUAGACGACAACCGGCGGCUUAUUCGAACUUUGGUACGAUGACAGACUGCAGCCUGGAGCCCAGCAGUUCCUUAAUCCUCUGUGCAAAUUCGCCACACUGACAAACUCUCUGAGAUAUCACCGUUACGUUUCCUUAAUGAUAUGCCUAAAUCGGAUUCUUUCACCAAUUACGUGUAUUUUCAGACUUCUUUUUU